GAGGUUGUUGGGGGUAGAAGAAACAAUUCCAACGUGAUGUAACUUAUAACCAAAUCACUAUUAUUUUAGUUUGUAACGUACCUACAUAAUUAUUUAGUAUUGAAAUUAUUUAUAGAUACUUAUUAGUGCAUUUAUCUAACUAAAAGUGUAGUUACUUAAAUAAUAUUUAGUGUAUUGUGAUACAGUGUGCUAUAUUUCAGUUCUAGUGUAUUUUCUUAGUCGUCAUUUUCAAUUUAUUAGUAGUCUGAACAACAAAUUAGACUAAAAAUGUCUGAUUCAAGUGCCUUCACAUCGCUUUAUGAUUUAGUCAAUGAUCAUCUAUCUAAAUGCAGUUUAAAAAUGACUAGCGAAGAUCAUUCGUCAUCAAUGUUUAAACUACCUCAGUUUUUAAAUGAUACAAGAAAGGAGGUUGAGCAAAAAGAGGUUGAAAAAUGUAAGGAAAUGGAAGAGGAUGACUAUGUGAUAGAUUUGAUGAAGGCAGUGGAAGUACCAAAGAGCACAAUCAUUAGAGAUUUCAACAACAAUGAAGUUUUCAUAGAAACAGACCUCAAUAACAAUUAUAUAUCAAAUCCCAUUGAUAUUGAGCCGCAAAAAGAACAAUUAUUACCAAUAAAAACAGAUAUUUCUUAUAUUUUAAAACAAAAAGUUAAAAAAGGAAAGUGUUCGCCAUUUGGUAAAGUGUUGAUUUCGCGCCAAAAGCCAGUGGCGGCGCCAUAUUUAAAAGAAAAAGUUGAAACAAACAUUGUGUCGUUUGAUUUUAGUACAAAGUCUCCUUGUGAUUUGAUUUUGGAACACUCGCAAUGGAAACCAGGACAUACUGUCUAGUCUAAAAGUACAAUUUUAAUUUUGUCCCAGUAUUUGAGGAUGCUUAUUGAGACUUAUGAACUCAUGCUUGGU